ACCACCACCACUACCACCACCACCACCGUCUCCACCACUACCACCACCACCAUCCGUCUCUCGCUCAAAACCACACUAUAUCCGGGCCUUUGCCAAUCGUCACCUCCGCAGAGAUCCGCGGUGCACGACAUCGCUCAUUGCCGUGUGUGCGGGAGCCGUAUAACAUCUCGCGCCAGCCAAGCGAGGCUGCUCUCCUCUUCACAUGCUUAGCUCGCUGCUGAACCCGGAGCACCCUCAGGUUCAGCAACAUCCGCGCUCUGAGACGGCAACUCCCAACACCGCUACAUCGCCUGCGUCCUCAUCAGUUGCACCGGUCACCGACAACACAACCAGUACCAGCACCACGCCGCCAGCGUCAACGUCCAUGGCAGGCUCGACCAUGACCAUGCCCGCAGUGGCGCCCAGUAUGCAGAGUCAAGAUGAACAUCGCCCCGACCUGCCACGACCGUACAAGUGUCCCUUGUGCGACAAGGCCUUCCACCGUCUGGAGCACCAGACGCGACAUAUCCGCACGCACACGGGCGAGAAGCCGCACGCUUGCCAAUUCCCAGGCUGCACGAAGCGCUUCAGCAGAUCUGACGAGCUCACGCGGCACUCGCGUAUCCACAACAAUCCCAACUCGAGACGCGGCAAUAAGCAGCAUGUGGCAGCAGCGACAGCAGCCGCCGCCGCAAUGCAGGCUGGCAUGUACGACAACUCGACACUCCAGCAGCUCAACCACUUGCAGCAACUCAAUCAGAUGAACCAAAUGCAGCAGCUCAGUCACAUGAGCCAGCUGAGCCAGAUGAACCAAAUGAACCAGAUGAACCAAAUGAACCAGCAGCCUACUCAAUUCAACACGCCAAACUAUCUGCAGCAGAGUCCGCUGCGCAAUGGAAUGCAAACUCCGCCGGUGAUGCACCAACAGUCGCAGCCGCAAACGCAACCACCGCCGCAACCGCAACAGCAGCCUCCGUCCCAGCACCAUCCGCAACAGCAUCAAUUACCGCCGCCCGUGAACCCUAUAAUGCCGCCUCCGGUGCAGAAGGCUACUCAAUCUGCUCCGAGCUCACAGCUGACGUCGCCCAACGUCUCUCCACCACAUGGCUAUGCGUCCACGUAUCACAGUACUCCUGGGUCAUACAUCACGCGCAACACCAGUGGUGAUCUCAGUCCGGCGCAAGGAAGCAGCUAUGCCUCAGGACCAGGCAUCAACCUAUUAGCCACAGCCGCGUCACAGGUCGAACGUGAAAACAAUGCGCAAAUCCCGAACGCACAUCUGUCGCUGCCCACCAGACAUACGACGUACCACCACUCGUACAACACGGGACGCAUGCCAUCUUUAUCGUCAUAUCACUACUCUUCAAAUCCGACCUCACAGCCCAUGUCAAGAUCGCAUUCGCACGACGAAGAUGAUCAUCGGCCGCACAAGAAGUCACGCCCCGGUUCUCCGCAAUCCACGGCGCCACCUUCACCCUCCUUCUCCCAUGCAUCUGCGUCUCCCACGCCUGACCACACCCCACUCGCCACACCAUCUCACUCGCCUCGUUUACGACCCCAGUACUUUCACAAUGGUGUGCAACUGCCAACCCUGCACCAUCUUUCUCUGGCGCAUCAGCCUCCCCCGGCACUGGCGCCGGUGGAACCGUCAGCCGAUGGACUGCAGCCGUACGUACCCGCUCAACACAGCGGGCUCAGGAUUUCUGAAAUUAUGGAGGCUGGCGAUGGUGCCCAGCGCAAAUUGCCUGUCCCCAUGGUCGCUGCGAAAGACCAAACCUAUCAGGUCCGGGACAUCAAGGACAUCUCGAACCCCAGCAGUGGCAUCAACAGCGGGAACUCGAGUGCCAGACAAAGUGAAGCUGGUAACGAUCUUGCUGAUCGACUCUGAACAGCAAUAGCGACGAUGGGCUGGUGUAGUUGCCUGGCGCCUGAAAUGGCUUGCACGAGGCCAGGACUCACAGAUUGUUUGAUCCUCACUCCGCGGUGUCUGCGGUUUCACAGCACAACCCCAGCAAGAUGAUAGAUGUGUGAACGUAAUGACUGCAGAGGGCAAUGAAAAAACGGCCACGGAUAGAAGUUUGAUUAGAUGUUUUUUUCUGGGGAAUUAUGGCGCGGAGUUUUAGCGAAAUAGAUGGGACGGCGAACACGGCGGGGGUGGCAAAGAAACGGUGUUGUCGCAAGACGAGCGGGAGGACAAGAUUGCGUCUGGAAUAGAUUGAAAUUGGUGCGUCACGAUACCAACAGUCACACCAAGCGACUGGCUUUUUGAAUGAGAUUGCUCAACUCUACUCCUUCUUUUGGCGAAGUUGUCUUAUCCACAUGAUCACUUGGGUAGUAGGUACAUGUAGGUAGGUAGGGUAAGGUAUAGAUGGUGCACUGAGCUGGUGACACCCCCCAAAAAAAACACA